AUGGAUAAAUUGCAAACCUAUUAUGGCAAUGCUAUCAGAGCAAAUGUAAAGCCUGGUAAACUUUCAGCAGAGGAACAGAAGAGUCAAAUAGCUGUGAUGCAGAAGGCUAUCAUGGCAGUACUGUAUAAUACAUGUGAACUAAGUGAUGAAACAGAAAGGCAUAAAUAUUGCCCGGAGGGAGCAGAUAGCUGGUGUUCAUACAAACGACAAGGAACUUUGAAAAGGAAAGAUCACCAUUUGGAUGCCGUUUUUUUAGAUUUCUUGUUGCCAGAAAUUACACGACUAAGUGACUAUUCCUUAUUGCUUCGGUGUCUAUCUGGAUAUUCGCAAAAUGCGAAUGAAAGCCUCAACGGCCUUGUCUGGAACAGAGCUCCAAAGCAUCGCUCCAAAGGCCCUAAAGUUGUGGAGAUGGCUGUCAUGUCAGCAAUAACACAUUUUAAUUCUUGUGCAAGCUCAAGGCAUGAUGUGAUGAGAGCUGCUAGCUAG